AUGACCACCCCAAUUUCUGUUCCGGACGGAGUUGCUAUUGGCCAGACCCACCAGCAACGGGUCAACUACCUUACUCGGACCCGAAGGGUCAUUGUCUCCAAUCUUCUUGUUCAGUACAAGAAGCCGGAGCAGUUCCGGCAGAUGGCCAUUGUUGAGGCCCGUGAGCCAGAGCUUGACGGGUUCCUAGCAUUUCUAGAAUCUCCUGCUGUUGCUAUGACGCCGGAGCUCAAGAAAGACGGCAAGAUCGACGUCACCCUGAACGCGGUGAUCGAUCCGGGAAUGAAGGUCCCGGAUCGCUUCGUUCAGCGGAGUCGGGCUCUCCUCGACAAGUUCGAGGACGAGAAUUGGGGUGGCGAUAGUGACGUUGAUGACGAGGCGGAGGACGGCCAGGAGGCGGCGGAAGAGGCUUCGGCUUCUGCUGCAACGCCUUCAUCGUCCAACUCUGCUGCUGGCCCUUCCAAGGCCCAGAAGAAGGAGGCCACCGCGCCUCCGAGGAUCCGGUAUCCAGCCCGGAACCACCCCAUCUUUGGGGAGGACGGCAUCAUGCACGGCGCCAUCAUCAAGCACAGCGCGAAGACCAAGACUUACCUUCUCGACGACCGAUACCAGGCGACCGAUGCCAAGCGAUACGGCCACAACGGCCUGACCGUUGGCGCUUGGUUCCCGAUACAGCUCGUGGCCAUGUUCAACGGCGCCCACGGCGCCCGCGUUGCCGGCAUCUCCGGCUCGUCGACCCACGGCGCGUACUCGGUCGUCGUCUCUGGUGCGUACGAUGACCUGGACCGUGAUCUGGGAAAUAUCAUUUACUACUCGGGCUCCGGUAGCCACAAGCAUGAAGAUCCCGAGAACCCUCCCAAGGCGACUGACGGAACCAAGGCGCUGAAGGCCUCGCUGGAUACCGGAAACUUGGUUCGCGUUCUCCGCUCCUCGUCUGGAAAGAGCUCGUUCACGCCCAAGGUUGGCCUGCGCUAUGAUGGUCUGUACAAGGUCGUCGGGCUCGGUACUACCAGGAACAGCCUGGGUGGACAGGUCGAGCUGUUCAAGCUGCAGCGCAUGGCCGGCCAGACCAGCCUGGAGGACCUUGUUAGGUAUUCUCCGACCCGCCGGGAGAAGCGGGACUUCACCAGGUACCGUGAUGGCUAUUAA